AUGUAUAUAUAUACAUACCUCGAGGACGAAGUCUUACACACAACACCUGCGGCUUCAUGGCUGGCUGUCUAUGCCGUACCUCUGUCUGAAUCCCCAGCUGCCUUCAGGAGUGCAUGCGCUUGCGCUGGAGGCUUAUGCUGCAAUCUUGAGACGCAUAGGGCAAGAGGAGCUGUGCAGUCUGCUGCCUUUGCGCUUGCCUCGACUUCAGGCAAGCGACUGCUACCUUGUCUCUCUGGGCUGCUGGUGUCUCUCCUGAUGUGCAUGGAGGAAGAAAAAGAACCAACCCAUGGCUUCGCCGUUGCAACUGCAGACCGCCUUCAGCAUUGUGUAGGCUUAGCUCCCUUUGCUGUUGCUCUAUGGUAUUCUCUCCUUAGAGCAGCGAGAGUUCGUAUUCCAGCUCUCCGACUAAUAGCCAAGAUGCUCAGACCACCCCCCGUUGCAACGCAACCCGCCACACGCCUCGCAGUGGUGUUGCCUGACCGUCCGCGUCUAGUCAUUAGUUCUUUGGAAGCAGCGCUAGCUGACGAGAGCUCUCUUGUGUGCAGAGAGGCACUCGAUCUGCUGCUGGAGCACCUCCCCAUUAAGUGUGGUCUCCUUUCCCCGGAAGAAAGAGUGCGGCUCAUACUGUCCGUCUUGCGGCUCCUUCCACUGCGCGAUUGGUCUUUAAGCCGCCGCGCAGUUUGUUGGCUAACUUCCCAGGGGGGCAGAGGAACUGAGGAUUUCCCCACCACUGCGUUCGCUAUCCACGCGAAGGCAGACUUGCUAAUGGCCAUAAAGACUUCGGUGUCUGGAUAUCCUGCUUCGCGCACUGCUGCAGUGCUGCCGUUGAAGUCGUUGGCAGUUUUCUUGGGAGAUGAUGAACUGGAGGGGGUUGCUGAGCAGCUAAUGCCAGAUCUCUCUGUUCCUGUCUUGCAGUAUAUCUUGAGGGAAAGCAAGAACGCCGACUGGGGAGUCUCCUGCUUGCAAGAAGCGCAACACGUUUUUCAUUUCAAGCUGACGCCUCCGGGAGUCGUCUGGCGAGCUUUAGCCAACACGCUGCGACAUGUGCUCCAAGAGCAGCUGGAAGCGGAGCAGCAGCGGCGGGAGACUGCCGCCUCUUCGGAUUGUUGGCUUGCACAACAAGCUGCGCGGCAGCAAGCAGCUGCAGAAGCAGAGGGUGUGCUGCAGCUAGCUGCGCUGUUUGCGGACCGCAUUGCUGCACCGCUUGCUGCCGCUGCGACUAGCGGAGCGGCAGACGCCGCAGUCCUCUGCGAUGUCGAGACACUUCACGGUUUCACCCAGCUCCUCACGCUCAUACUUGUGGGAUUCCGCGAGCUCGCUCCCACUCUCCACCAGCUCACGCUGGCGGGGAGGCUGCUGCAGCAGACGGCAGCAGACUUCGUGCGUUUAAGGGCACUUCGAGAGAAUAAGGAGCUGCUGCUGUUGCUGCGCUCUGCCGCUGCUUCGCUGGAGACGCCACGAGAAGGAGAAGGAGGCGGGGAGAGAACAGCAGCACAAAUGGAAGCUUCUCCUCCUACUGCUGCUACUCUCUCUGCCCCCCCUGCAUGCCCUCUGCAGACUGCAGAUCGCCGCGUAACGCAGGAAAGCCUUCAAGCAGCUGCUGCGGCAGCGCAGCGACUGGAAGCCUCGGAGGCUGGAGAUUCUGAAGAAGACUUCGCAGCAGCAUGCUCCGUUCCCGCGGCUGGGGGUGCGAGUUGUACUGCUGCUCAAACUGCUGCCUCGUCUCCAGAGCUUUCAGUUUGUCAGGAUGCGGCACAGCCGUUGCUGCAACAGCUGCUGCAACAGCUGGAGGAGCUGCUGCAUGGGCUGCAUUCGUUUUUCUGCCAUGUUGAGUGCUUGUUGCUGGAGCUCGUGGCAACAGAGGAGGCAACGACGCCUGCUCUAGACACGCUAUUUUCUAUGUUGGCACCUCUGGUGGACGUGCAAUGUCUGAUUCAAUACUGCAUUCUGGGGGAAAGCAAAAACAGCAGCGUGGGAGGCUUGCCAUCGUGGAUUCUGGCUCUUCUAGACUGCGCAGCCUCCCCCCGGCUGUCUGUGUGCUGUAGAGCAGCGCAAACGUUUGUUUGCGUUCUCAACAGCAGCAGCAGCAGCAGCAGGCAGCACCUCAUCUGCAACACUGGGCAAUGCGUGCGCAUAGCCUCACGGCUGUGGGAGUGUCUGGGGAGCAGCAGCGGCUGUACCAGCAAUGAAGAAGGCGUGGUUGUUGAUUUGCUGCUGCAACUGAACGAUGCAUGCCUGCCGGAUCGUCCGGCGGUAAUUGAGUCGGUGAUUCUGGCAAGCCUUCAAGACAGCAGCACCAACAGCAGCAAGGCAGAGAGUAUCUGGAGGUUUAGCGCCUUCUGGCGUCAUGCACGACUUCAGGUGUAUCGACCCCUAGGUCUGCUCUUGCCUAAUGCUGUGUUGCAGCUGCUUGGAGCCUUAGGUGACGCCUUCCCGGAUAUUCGGUAUGCAGCUCGCGUGUUUGUGAGGUUGGCGCUAGACUCGGCUCCGCAGCUUCUUCGACCUGUGUUUGACGAUAUCCUGAGUGCUCCUCCUCCGUUACCGCAGCCUGCCACUGCUGCGCGAGAGCAUGAGUUGCAGCGGGAAGGCGCAGCAGCAGCAGCUGCUGCUGCAGCCGAAGCCACUGAAGUGGCACACAGAGGGCUAGAGCUGCUGCAGCUGCUGCUGCAGUUCGAAGGACCUCUGCUGCUGGAAAAAAUGCAAGCAUUUUAUGUGGAAGAGGAUCUCCUCGAAAGCAACGCAGCGCAGGCGCAACUGUGGGCGCAAUCUCCAAAAACGGGUAAAAACAACCGUGCCGAAUACUUCUUGCGGCGCUUGUUUGCGUAUCCGUGCGCAGCCCAAGCGCGGCAAUCCGCAUGCAUGCCGCAUGAAGAUGGCGGUUCAGAAGGCAUGGAUUGGCGCCAAUGGACGUACAAUGACGUCUCGAUUGUGGAUUACGCGGAUUUGUUUUGCGUCGUUCUGUUGCGCUUUAUUUCCUUCCAGUUACCGCCUGCAGUGCUCGCUGAGGAAUGCCUCGCAGCGACUUCGGCAGGCAUGUAUGGCAUGCAGGGGGCUGCAGCUGCUGCAGCUGCUGCACGAAGCAGCUUUGCAGCGCUGCACGGCUCUGCCUGCGAGCUGCUGGCAUCUUUCUUGGCAGCUGUACAGCCUGCCGCGAGAGCCAGGGAAAUCAGCUGUCUUCUCUCCCACGCGCUGGUGGAGAGACUCCACGCCGCUGUUCACUCGGAAGACUACGCCGCGCAAUCGCAGCUUCUUCAGCUGUUGCGCGUAGUGAUCGUGCACUCGAGUCAGCAAGCGUCUGGAUUCUCCCCAGCAAGCCGGAACCUCAUCAACAGCAGCGACUCUGAGCUGCAGCAGCUCUUGCGGCAGCAACUGCCUCAGAGUCGCCAAGCUUCUGCUCCUGCUGAGGCUGCUGUUGGAUCUCCAGUGGCAGCCACAACAGCAGACACAGCGGCUCUCUCGCUUCGGCAGCAGCCGCAGCAGCAGCAUUUCCCCUUGUUCGCUCUAGGGGUGCAGCAAAUGAAGGCAAAGCUUGAGCGCCUUACACCCUUAAGCAGCGAUUUCGGAGGACUGCUGCGGUGUUUGCUGAUGGCGAUGCGCGCGGAAGACUUUGGAGGAGCCGAAACAGCAGUUGCAGCCACCGCAGCAGCAAGAGACGCAGCAAUCGACGAAGCCACGCAGCUUUCGCUCUUCUUGUUACAACACCUGCCCCCAGUCCAGCUUCAGCCAGUGUCAGUGGUUCUUUUGAAUUUCUACUGCCGUGUGCUGCUGCGCGCGGCUGUUGCCUGCUGCACGGAGCUGCAGCAGCAGCGCCAAGAAAAGGGCUUCUUUGGCAGCAGAAACGUCGACAUCAACAGCAGCAGCAGUAGACAGUGCCGCAGCAUGGGAGCGCAGAUGCUCCUGCCGUAUUUGAGGGGGAUUCAUGGAGUUUUAACAUUUUCUCUCGACACAGUGUCUAAGGGGGAGCUCUCUAAGGAGUCGCCUUCGGAUAGCAGCGGCAUAACCCCGUUCUUAGAUCUUUUCUCGUGGAGCAGUACUUCUGUGAGCGACGAGGAGCUGCUGCAGCAAAAGCUGCAGCAACGGCUACCCGCUGUUGCUGCUGCAGUCCAUAUGAUCGUCUCCGCAUGCGUUGCCGCAGCCACUCUUGUGCUGCCUCCCUCCACGCAGCAGCAGCGCGAGGGGGAAGAGGACGAUGCUGCUGCUGCGCAAGCUUUCUCCUCUUGGAAGGAAAAAGGUUUUCACGACGCUGAAGACUUGCUGAGUGCUCGCAUGCUGGUGCCAGCGGAUGGGGGAGUGUACACUGACUGCGGCAGCGAAGGGCAAACGUUGCAAAACUGCCAAGACACGCAUCUUACGCACGCGGACGAAGCAGCGCUGCUGUUGAUACGCCAGAUUCUUGACCGCCUCUUUAUCAGAUAUUUGCUGGUGCCUCUGCUUGGCCUCCUUCAAGACGCUGCGAAGGGCGUUAUCAGCAUUCCUGCAUCCCCGUGUAUCUACACCUCUGGCUCUCUUUUACACUUAUCGCCGUUUGCUGUUGCAGGGGCUGCAGCAGCAUCGAACACGAGAGAAAACUCACUGCCUGCAGUUGGAGGAGACACCGCAGAAGGCAGCGCGUCUGAUGCAUCAUCAGCGACAUCAUCACCAUCACCAGCGACAUCAUCAUCAUCAUCAGCGACAUCAUCAUCAGCGGCAGCAGCUGCAGCGGUUGCUGGUAGAGACAGUCUCGAGAAGCUGCUGCAGCAGGCCGGCUAUGCAGAAGUUUCAAAGAUAAGAGAUAGUGUUCUCUAUCAUUUCAUUUACUCCCUGCUAGCUGCAGCAUAUCCCCCCCCCUUUGUGUGUUUUAGGAGCCUCUCUAGUUCAGCCUGUUGCUUGCAGCGCAGGCAUCAAAUGCCCUCGUUAGGGGUGACAGCGGCAGCAGCAGAAGGUAGCAGUAGUAGCAGCAGUAGCAGCAGCAUUGCAGAAACAGAUCUGGAAUGCUUAUGGAAGUUGCGUGUCACUACUGCAGCCAAUCCCAAUGCUUUCGACGUUAUACCCCCCCUCCCUCCCCCAGUGGAUAUUUUGAACCAAGCACUUGGCAUUGCCGUUGCAGCUGACGAAGCGGGAGCUGCAAGCGAACGGAAGGGGGCACUAGCAUCGGAGAAUAUGGCCGCUGCAGCGUCUGCAGCCGAAUGCGAGGAGGAUAUCACAAGGGCUUGUGGCAAUAGCACCCACAGCAGCAGCAACAUUAUGAUCAGCAGCAGCAGCACUAUGGUCAGCAGCAGCAGCAGGGGGAGCGCGCUACUCCUGCAUGAGCUACGCCAGCGACGGCAGCAGCAGCGACACCCCUCAUUUGCCGCGUCUUGCUGCAUUUCGGAUGCAAAUAAGGAGAUUUUACGGAGGCGCUUCCUGCCAAAUCGCUGCUCCCCAGCUGAUCCCACGGAAGUUGCUGCUGUUUAUGCCUUGGCAGCUCUCGCCAUGCAAUGCGCCGACCUAAAGCAGCUCAACAGAAGGAGCCCUUUGUCUCUCCUGUUUCUCCAAACGCUUACCGACGAGCUGCCCAGCGCCAUCACGCAGUCUCUCCACAGUUCUUCUCCCCAGGCUUUCCUCUCUAGGUACCUGCUGAUGUGUCUCUUAAGAGACAUGCCCCUCCGACUCUUCCCUUCAGCUGCCUCUCCUGUCCGACGAUUGCUCGUGGAGGAGUUGCAAGGAUUGCAUCUCCUCACAACCGACAGAAGAACUCUAAGAGCAUUUGCGGCAGCUCUCAGAGGAAGCCUCGGCACGGAAACUGCUAAACUCGAUGCACUUGUACCUCCCCCCAACCCAGGAGUGUUUGCUUCGCGAGAGCGUGAAGGAUCAAGUAGGAUCGCCUACUUGCGUCGGAUCGGCUUCUUGUUGUUAGCAGCGCCUGAUGGAGCCUUCUCUGCGCAUGUUGCCUCCUUGUUGGAAAAGCUCACCGAAACUCUCAAACCUGCGUAUCCCCCAGAUAUUGCGGUUGAGAUUACCAAACAUGUCUUUUUGUGCGUGCGCGUGUUGCUCCUGCGUUUGCCGCCUGCAUCUCGCACACCUGUAUGGCCGAUUGUGUUGACUGAGCUCAUUAGAGUGUUUUCAGGAGCCUUGGAAACUUCUUCUCCAUCACCUUUUGCAGAGUCAUCUGCACGCCACAAGACGCCUCAGUCCCUGCUUUGUGCAGGACUGAAGGUGGUUGAACUUGCGACUUUGUUGGAGCUCCCCGACUUCACCCUGUAUCGCUGGAUGUUUCUUGCCGACCACCCCACAGCAAUGCACGAGGAUCAAGCCGCUGCGUCACACGUUGAAGACCAGCAGGAGGAUGAUGACACAGCGCCUACCGAUUCUUCCAGCCACCAGCACCAAAAAGAGGCAGAAAAAGCGACAGAAAACGUGGUCGCGUCAACGGCUGCCGCUGAAACUAGUGCUGCAGUGCCAGCAGCAGGGGAAGCGGGCAGAUCUGCCGCAGCAGCUCUGGCAGCUGCAGCACCCACAGACAGCAGCGGCAGCAGGAGCAGCAGCCAAGAGACGCCUUCUGCUUCCUCAGAGGAUGCAGCCUUGCCGCGCGCAAGCACAAGCAGCAGCAGGAGCAGCAGCAGGAGCAGCAGCAGGGCACUCAGCGAGAUCUCUGGAAGCAACUCUGCGGCAGCAACAUUCCAGCCUUUCCUCAGCGUUCUUGCACAGACAUACGGACGAGACGAGCAGGUGCAACAGCACAAAGGGAGGCAUGUGGAGGCUCAGCUAGAAGCGGUCGCCGCGGUGAGUCGUGUUUUACCCUCUACGGGAGCUGCCGGGGAGUUUGCGCUGUGCAGCAUGCAGCAUGCAGCACGUUUUGCGGCUUUUUUGUUGGGAAGUUUUUGCCUCAGUAGCCUUGCCGCAGCAGCACGCCGUCUCAAUCAGAAGGCUGCAGAGGAUCCUCGGUUGAGAGCUGCUCAGGAUGAACAAAUUCAACGGAGCAUCGAAGAUGAUCUCCUGGAAGGUCCUGAGGAGAUGCGAGACUUGUGGUACGAUGUGCCGUUGCAUGAACUCCAACAGCGGCAGUGGUGUCUGUACACCUCAGGCUUCGAGCUCCUGCUACCUGCUGCAUCUCCUGCUGCUGCUCCUGCAUCUGCUGCAUCUCCACCAUCUGCUGCUGCAUCUGCUGUUGUUGCAGUUGUGCAUCCCGUGUGGUUGUCUCGCUGA